CAGUAAAGCAAACCCUGGCAGAGCACAGCCGCCCCCUCGGCCCUCACUGUCCUUUGCUGCGAGAGGCCCCCUUCCCCUUCCCUUGGGAAACAUUGUCCUGGUUGGGGAAGAAGAAGGGGCAGCCCAUAUAUAGGACUGACCCUCCACGGGCUGGAAGACAUUCAAAUAGCAGGAGCGAUAAGAGCUUUGAGCCACUUGAAGCCAUUGGUGUGGCAAGCCCCGGCUGUGCUGACAUGCCCAAGGAAGGCAUGGCGGAGACGGUGGAGCUCUUCAGCUCAGAAGGCAAAGGCCGGGGCUUGAAGGCCGUGAAGGAACUGUGGGCAGGAGACGUCAUCUUUGCAGAGCGCGCUUAUGCUGCGGUGGUCUUCGACAGCCUUACUCACCUCGUCUGCCACACUUGCUUCAAGAGGCAUGAGAAACUCCACCGUUGUGGCCAGUGCAAGUUUGCUCAUUACUGUGACCGGACCUGCCAGAAGGAUGGCUGGGUGAAACACAAGAGCGAGUGCACAGUCCUCAAGAAGCAUGGGAAGGCACCCAACGAAAACAUCCGGCUGGCUGCCCAAAUCCUGUGGAGAGCAGAGAGAGAAGGAGGGGGGCUCACUGAGGGCAGUUUGGUCUCCAUAGAUGAGCUGCAGGACCACGUGGAACAUUUGGGAGCCGAGGAGAAGAAGGAGCUGCGGGUCGACCUGGAGAACUUCCUGGAGUUCUGGCCAGCAGACAGCCAGCAGUUUGGCCUGCAGUACAUUUCCCACAUCCUGGGGGUGAUCAGCUGCAACGGCUUCACGCUCAGCGACCAGAGGGGGCUGCAGGCGGUGGGCGUGGGCGUCUUCCCCAACCUCUGCAUGGUCAACCACGACUGCUGGCCCAACUGCUCCGUCAUCUUUAAUAACGGCAAUCAUGAGGCUGUAAGGUCCUUGUUCCACACCCAGAUGAGGAUAGAGCUCCGUGCCCUGGGAAAGAUCUCCCCGGGAGAAGAACUGACUGUUUCCUAUGUCGAUUUCCUCAACGUCAGUGAAGACAGGAGGAAGCAGCUGAGAAACCAGUACUAUUUCGACUGCAGCUGCCAGCACUGCCAGAAGGGAACCAAAGAUGACCUGAUGUUGGCUGUGAAGGAGGGAGAGGAGAAGCCUUGCCAGGAGAGAGUGAAAGAGAUUAUCCAGUUCUCUAAGGACACUCUGGAAAAGAUUGAUAAAGCUCGGUCAGAGGGAACUUAUAAUGAAGUUGUGAAGCUGUGUCGAGAGUGUCUGGCAAAGCAGGAGCCCAUUCUGGGAGACACAAACAUUUACCUGCUUCGCAUCCUCAGCAUCUUGUCCGAAGUUCUCUCUUACCUCCAGCACAUCAAUGAAGCGGCUGGCUACUCCAAGCGGAUGAUUGAUGGUUACAUGAAACUUUAUCACCCCAACAAUGCACAGCUGGGGAUGGCCCUGAUGAGAACUGGGGUGACCCACUGGCACGCCGGCCUCAUCGAAGUGGGCCAUGAGAUGCUCUGCAAGGCCUAUGCGCUUCUGCUGGUGACGCACGGCCCGACCCACCCCAUCACCAAAGACCUGGAGGCCAUGCGAGUGCAGACGGAGAUGGAGCUGCGCCUGUUCCAGCAGAAUGAAUUCUUGUACCACAAAAUGCGGGAAGCCGCUCUGCAGAACCAGCCGGUGCAGAUCCUGCCCGAACCCGCCAGCGACGCUCCGCCGCCGGGCCUCUUCCAGAAGAAGCCGCAAUAACUCACGCCCACACCCGCCUGGGCGGCGACGGCGGGCCCCUCCUGUCCCCGGCGGCCGCUGCAGCCAGACGGGUUGCGUGUGCCCGUGAACGUGUUGCUGGCAGCGGCAGCCGCCCCCUCCACGGGCUCGUGUGUUUCACAGGGAGUGGCUUUGAAUGUUGCUUGUCGAUGAUACGGGCAAUAAAGCGACCCCGACCCGC